UGACUCGUUUUAUACAUAGAUUUUUUUUUUCAAGAGAUAUUAUAAAUUAGAAGAGUUUAUUUUUCUCGAAAGAAAAGUCCAAAAAAGCCCGUAAAAGCCUUGUAGCCCUGUUAGGACCGGGCCGGGCUUCAAAAUCUAGGCUCGGAAUUUUUACGGGCUGGGCCGGGCCGGGCUCAUACAUAUGCGGGUUUUGCGGGCUUCGGACCAGGCCGGGCUACCCCGAUUGACAUGCCUAUGUGGCACUCAUAUGGAGAGAGUUGGCCAACUUUCAUAUAUAUGAUUUGAACUCAAGUUAAGUAGGAUUUCAAAACGAAAUUUGAAUAGUAAGUUAAUUUUCAAAUUGAUUACAUAUACAAUCUACAUCAUCAAACAAAUGAAAAACCCAAAUCACAUUUUCUGUUUUAUAAUUUGUAACUUUGAGUUUUCUAGCAAAUUCCCUAAUUAAUAGUCCAGAUAUUAUUACCAUUCAAAGCUAAGAACUUAAAAUCAUCCAAAAUGUUAAGUAGCUUAAUUUUUUAAAAUUUAAAACUAUAAUAAUAAAAAUAAAAUAAAAAACUUUAGAAGCUGUGUUUACCUUAUUAUUACAAAACAGAUUAAUCUUCAACUACAACAAUUAAAAAGUCUUCCUUCCUUGUAAGCAACCAGAAGUUUAUAUGAGUAGAGAAGAAAGUCUUAUUUGCUCGAACCUUGGUUUACAAGGUAUAAAUCUAGGGUUUCAAAAGAAAGUUGGGUUUUUUGGAGUAUUGGUUAGAAGUCGAUAAGAUGGAUUAAGUUUUGGUGUAACGAUGAAUCUAUGGAAGCUUAAGGGUCAUGUGUUUUACAUGGAUAUCGAUACUUUGCUUCUUCUUCUGUUUUCCACAGAGACUUUUCUUCUCUUAUAAUUCCAUUUCUUCGCCUAAUGAAGAAGCAAAGAACAGUGUCUUGGAUGCUUUUCCUCUGUCCUUGUUCGAUUUCUAUGGGAAGUUAUCUAAAUGUUAUAAAAAAGGAAGAGUUAUUGAGUUCUUUAUUCAGAAACAAAAGAUCGCUCACAAGGUGUUCCAUAAAAUACUUAAAUGACAUCUUUCUGGUAAAAAUACUUUUAUAAGAAGAACUCUACGCAUCAAACGCAGUUGAAUCAAACACACAUUAGAUCUUUAUCCUUUGUUGGGAAUUACAGGCGCUCUUUACCGUUCUGAUCAUGUCGACGAAAGAAUGUGAUAUCUAUAAGAUUAUCAACAUCCUAUAUCAGUUAGACUCUGACCUGGAGAAGAUACCUCUAUCCAAUAAAGUUAUUAGCCACAAGGAACAACAAGGCGAACAAAGUGAGGAAAAGAGAUCUUGGUGGGUUCGGGUCAGAGCAAGUUUUGAAAGAAUUCGUAAGGCGAAGAAGGACGCUUCCAACAAUGCAAGCGACAGUGGAGGUAGUCAAGGUGGAAGCAGAAGAUUCGUGCAAGACAUUGAAGAAGUUCAAAAGAAUGAAGAACUCGAGAUACGGAAAUUGCAGAAUGAUAUUCGUCAGAUGAUAGCUGCAUUUAAGAGUUUAACUCAGUUUCAAACCGAGAUGAGCAAUCAUUUGGAGCGUGAUCUUCGUUCAAAUAAGUUAAUAGCAAUACUACAAAGAAAGAAUUCAUUUGGAUCCCGCUCUCACGUUGUCAAGGAAAUCAGAAGAAAAGUCUCCGCCUUGAAGUGCCAGAUCCCAUCAUUGCUCAACAAACAACCAUCAAGAAAGAUAAGCAUCACGGAAUCUCAAACCGCUGAGGAAAAUGAUGAGAUCAGUGAGACCGGGAUUGACAUAUACUUGCCGGGCCUCCACGUUGCUGAGGAAUUCGAAAUAUCCUCAGCUUUUGAAGAAGUUGUUGAGAAAUUUCAAGGCCUUGAUGAGUUCACUCAGAAGCUCUGCUUGUUGUCCUUCGCCGUGUUCCCGGAAAACAGAGAGGUUACAAGGACAAUGUUGAUGUAUUGGUGGAUCGGAGAAGGUUUCAUCAGUUGUGAUGAUUCUGAAGACUCAGUAAAGAGAAUUCUUGAUGCAUUCUCAGCAAAAAAGUUACUUGAGCCGGUCGAAGAUGACAGGAAACUGCUACCAAAUAGUUACAAGAUGGCGCCCCAUGUGCAUUCUGCAGUUAUAUACUUAGCCAAAAAAAUGGAUCUAUUUGAACUCUACAACCAUAAUGGGAAGCUUAUCAUGAAAAAAUCAUUGAGGAAAAAGGUCUGCCUAGUAAAAGAUUCCUCGUUGCUACGAGACGCAAAAACAUCUGUUAUGGAACCGAAAACAUUGCAGACGGUUUUCAAUUCCUCUGAACGGUUCCCUGAUUUCACAUUCAAGUGGUUUCCGUUAAUGGAUUCACUUAGAGUGCUUUAUUUGGGAAGAUGGGAGCAGACCGCUAAGCGCCACAUUGAAGUUGAGAGCACGGAGUUUCUUAAAAAUAUGAAGUCUCUGAAGAAUCUGAGGCUUGCAAGUUUUCAAGGGAUCUCGAGGAUAGAAAGGCUCGAAAAUUCAAUUUGCAAACUCCCCGAGUUAGUGAUCUUGGAUCUUAAAGCAUGCUACAAUCUCGAGGUUCUUCCUAGCGAUAUAGGCUUAUUUGAGAAAUUGAUUUACUUGGAUGUAUCAGAGUGCUAUAUGCUAGAUAGCAUGCCUAAGGGGAUUGCAAAACUCUCCAAAUUACAAGUUCUGAAGGGAUUUGUGAUUAGUGAGUCGGAUCAUGAAGAUAAUUGUGCAGUUAAACACUUGAAGAAUCUGAGGAAGCUAAGUAUAACCGUAAACAAAUACUCUUACAAGGUGGAAAGUCUGAUGAUGUCGUUGACAGGACUCCAGAAACUUGUGAGUCUGAAAAUUGCAUGGGGAGCUCGUGAAGAACCUAACAAAGCAGUUGAGUCUAGAGAAACAACAAACGAGGAGAAGGAGAACCAAGGAGGUCCUGCAACAGAAAAGAAACUCAAAGACCCGAUGGAACGAGAUGAUGACCAAGUGCAGAAGAAGGGACAGACGAGCAAGGAGGAGAAAGGAGAUGUAGAAGAAACGGAAAAGCAAGAAGAUGGCGUCAGUAGUAAGAAAGGAGAUGGAAUAAAUGAAGAAGCUAAUCUGGAAGACGGGACGAAGCAUGAUGAGGUAAAAGAAGAGAGAUUAAAAUCUGACAAGGUCGUCGAGGAAGAGAGGACGACAAGUCCUUCCGAAGAGGCAACAGAGAACAUCCAAAACAAGUCAGGCGAUCAGAAAGAGAAGAGCAAUGUGGAAGGAGAUGGAGAUAAGGGGAAGGCUGAUCUAGAAGAAGGAAAGAAGCAAGAUGAAGUAGAAGCAAAUGAAGUUGUUGAGGGAGAGAAGAAGGCCAGUCCUCCCCGAGAUUCAUCAGACAUGAUCCAAAAGAAGCCAGAUGAUAAAAGCAAAGUAGAAAACAAAGGAGAUGGAGACAAAGAGAAUGAUGAUUUAGAUGAAGGAAAGAAAAGAGAUGAGGUAGAAGCAAAAAAAUCGGAAUCAGACAAAGUUGUUGAGGGAGAUGAGAAGGCAAGUCCACCACAAGAAUCCAAAGACAUGAUCCAGAACAAGACAGAUGAUCAAACCAAAUUGGAAAAGGAAGGCGAGAAGCAUGAUGAGGUUAAAGCAAAAAAACCGGAAUCAGACGAAGUUGUUGAAGGAGAUGAGAAGGCAAGUCCACCACAAGAAUCCAAACACAUGAUCCAGAACAAGACAAAUGAUCAAACCGAAGUGGAAAAGGAAGGAGAGAAGCAUGAUGAGGUUAAAGCACAAAAAUCAGAAUCAGACAAAGUCGUUGAGCGAGAUGAGAAGGCAAGUCCACCACAAGAAUCCAAAGACAUGAUCCAAAACAGGACAGAUGAUCAAACCAAAAUGGAAAAGGAAGGCGAGAAGCAUGGUGAGGUAGAAGCAGGGAUCUCGAAAUCAGAGAAUGGUGUUGAAGGAGUCAAUAAGGCUAGUCCUUCCCGGGAAUCAACAAACGCGAUCCAGAACAAGCCCGAUGAUCACCAAAGAGGUGACAAACAAGAAGAGAAAGGAGAUGGAGAAAAGGAGAAGGUUAAUCUAGAAGAAGGGAAGAAGCACGACGAGAUAAAAGCAGAGAGCUCAAAACAAGACAAGGUUACAGAGGGAGAUGCGAAGACAAGUCCACCACAAGAAUCUAAGGACACAAUGGAGAGCAAGAAAGAUGAUCACAAAGAAAAUAGCAAAGUGCAGGAAAAGGGAGAUGGAGACAAAGAGAAGGCGGCUGAUCUAGAUGAAGGAAAGAAGAAAAAUGAGGUAAUAGAAGAGAGCUCAAAACCAGACAAUGUUAUCGAGGGAGAUGAGAAGAAAAACCCACCACUGGAAUCGAACGACACAGUACAGAGCAAGCCAGAUGAUCACAGAGAAAUUAGCAAAGUGCAGGAAAUAGGUGAUGGAGAAAAGAACGGAGAUGAUUUAAAGAAGCUUGAUGGGGGAGAAGCAAAGAGUCAGAAGUCAGAUGGUCCGAAAAGUGACAACACAACGGCGGAAGAGAUUCAUGAAACACCAUCACCAACCAGGAAAUCAAAAUCAAGGAAAGCAAAACUGUUAAUGGGAAUGUGCAACCAAACCAAGAAAUGGGGAAUAGGAUGGCAAGAAGAUCAAUCAAGAGAUGAUACCUAUAAAUUCCCUGAUAGUUUGAAGAAGUUGGAGCUAGAAUGUUUCCCUGAUACAGAACCUCCGCGUUGGCUAAAUCCCAAAGAUCUUAAAGAGCUUAAAAAACUCUCCAUCAAAGGAGGAAAACUUAGUGGAAUGAGUGACGAAAGUCAAAACGCAGAAGACAAAUGGGCCGUUGAGAUCUUGCGUUUGAAGUAUCUGCAUGAAUUCAAGGUUGAGUGGAGAGAUUUGAAAGAUCUGUUUCCAAAAAUGACACUGUUGGAGAAAUAUAAAUGCCCUAAAAUCGCAUUCUGUCCAACAGAUGGUAAUGGAGUCUGGAGGUCACAGCCAGAGACAUCACCAAAUAUGUGAAAAUAAGCUGCAUAGUUUCUUCUGUCAUAACUCAUAAUAACGGCAAGAGCCUCUGUUACUUGUUUAGAGAUCAUGUAUUUGCCUCUACACCCUGAAUAAAUAAACAUUCCUGCGUAUGUAAUUAAAUCUUUUAGAGCCGUAAA